AUGCGAUUCAUUUACUCAGCGAACAAGCUAGGACGCGGUCGAUUCAAGAAGCGCCUUUUCCCGAAGGAAAAUAUCGAGUUUGCUGAAAGUGUCGAUGCGGAUGAUGCAACAAUUCUGAAAGAGGUGUUCGUAAAGCAUUCAACGUUCAAUGAAAUCGGUGAGAUGAUUGAAGCUGUGGAGGCGAAGUCACCGCAACUUGGCAAAAGGAUGCGAGCCCUAUUAGCCGGGAACUGCUCACGACUGGACGGUCUCAGUCCAACGGCUAUCGACUACAGCAAAAAGGUCAUUACCUUCGUCACAAGUGUGAUGUGCCGACUGACUCUCGGCGAACAAGUUUCCUUCGAUGAGGCAGAGGAUCUGCACCAAGCCUUCCAGGAGCUCUCGAGUCAAGACCAAGCAUCGUUGCAGAAGGCAAACCCGGAUCUUCAGUUCUAA